AUGAGGGCCCAACACCAGCUUCGAGCUGUACGAUUCGGGCGACAGACCGCGGGGGCACCAGCCCUGGGGCGUGUUGCGGGCAUCAGGUUCUAUCACGACGAAUCUUUUGGUUUCAGGAAACCUCGAGAGUUCGUUGUUCCAGACUACACCGAGGCACAGCUGCAGAACAGGACCAAGAACGCCCCGUUGCUGCGCUAUGUGGACUCGAUGCGCACUCACGGACACCGCGCAGCCCGCAUUGACCCCCUUGAUAUCUUGCAUCGAGAAGAAGUCGCCGCUCUAGAUCCGGCACGCUACGGCCUUACCGAUCCAUCUCAGAAGUACGACGUAAAUGGGAUCGUGUGGACGAAGCCUGUGGGGUACCAGGGCGCUAGUGCUGACACGGAGCAAUGGUGGACGCUUGAAGAAAUUGUGCGACACCUGCGAACGGUGUACGUGGGGCCUAUCGCGUACGAAUACAUGCACUCCCCGUCAAAAAGCGAGAGGCUAUGGUUCUCGCAUUUCCUCGAGUCCCGCGCCGCAAACACCAACAACGACGUGGAUAAGCAGAAGAAACGGCGCAUCCACGAACUCCUUGCAAGGAGCGAAGUUUUGGAUCAUUUCCUGCAAUUGAAGUUCCCUAAUUUGAAGCGCUACGGGCUCGAAGGUGGCGAAUCUAUGCUUCCCGCUCUGGACUCGUUGUUCUCGCUUGCUGCUCGUGGCGGUAUACAACACAUCGUGCUUGCGAUGCCCCACCGUGGCCGACUUAACCUUCUGACAGAUUUGUUAAAGUAUUCGCCUGCUGCUUUAUUCCAUAAGAUUAAGGGCGGUUUUGAGAUUCCUGAGGACCUGGGCGCUGAGGGGGAUGUAUUGAGCCACUUAGUCGCUUCACCCACUCUACAUUAUGAGGGUGCUAGUGACCCUAUCAAGGUGUCUCUGCAGCCGAACCCUUCCCAUCUCGAGGCUGUCAAUUCUGUGGCUUUGGGCAAGACGCGGGCCAAGCAAUACACUCUCCUCAAGACGUCGCCUAGCGACUGCAAAUUGGGUGACAAGGCUAUGUGCGUCCAAUUGCAUGGGGAUGCUAGCUUCACAGGUCAAGGCGUGAUUAUGGAAACUUUGGGUCUAAGCAAUCUCCCUCACUUUACCAGUGGAGGCAGUGUGCAUCUCGUAUUCAUGCCGUCUAGUAUUGGAUAUACUACGCCGGCGAGCAGCGGUCGAUCGUCAUUGUAUUGUUCUGAUGUUGGCAAGAUGAUCAACGCCCCGAUCCUCCAUGUUAACGGAGACUAUCCUGAAGAUGUCGCACGUGCUAUGGAUAUUGCGAUCAAAUACCGUGAUCACUUCCGCAAGGAUAUCAUCGUCGAUCUGCUUGUUUACAGGCGAUGGCACAACGAAUUGGACGUACCUGACUUCACGAGCCCACUGAUGUAUGAGAAGAUUCGUUCAAGGCGCUCCGUCCCUCAACUCUACGAAGACAAGUUAAUUGCGGAGGAGGUCAUUGAUGCCCGCGAUGCUGCUCAAGUUCGGGAGUCUUACAAGGCCUACCUCAACGAAGAAUUAGCGAAGUCAGCUACCUACGGGCCUUCUGCCUCUAUGCUUGAGGAGAAUUGGAAGGGAAUGGUCUGGCCUGCUAGCGAAGAAGCAAAUAGAAACCCUGAGACCGGUGUCGCUAAGGACGUGUUGGUUCGUGUCGGUUCGGCCAGUGUGGCGACUCCCUCGGACUUCGAUAUUCAUCCAAAACUGCAAAGGCACGUGAAGAACCGCCUGCAGAAUAUCAAGAACGAGAAGGGACUGGACUGGGCAACGGCAGAGGCCAUGGCCUUUGGGUCGCUCAUGCUCGAAGGCACCGACGUUAGGAUCUCUGGGCAGGACGUCGGCAGAGGAACAUUUAGUCACCGUCAUGCUAUGCUGGUCAACCAGAAGACCGAAGGAACCAUUGUACCACUCAACGACCAGCUUGAUGCACCCGGCAAACUUGAGCUCGCGAACAGUUCCCUCAGUGAGAUGGCUGUGUUAGGCUUCGAGUAUGGUGCUAGCUGGGAACGGCCGAACCUACUGCCAAUUUGGGAGGCACAAUUCGGGGACUUCUUCAACGGCGCUCAAAUCAUCAUCGACACAUUCAUUUCUUCCGCAGAAACUAAAUGGUUGAAGCAGAGUGGCAUGGUUCUUCUGCUUCCUCACGGCCUAGACGGGGCUGGCCCGGAGCACUCUUCUUCCCGAAUCGAACGCAUGCUUCAACUUUCCAACGACCCGUAUGUGUACAACAAGGACUCGCCCGAGGCGAACGUGAACAUGCACGUGGUCUUCCCUACAACUUCGGCACAAUACUUCCAUCUCCUAAGACGGCAAAUAAAGCGCAACUACCGCAAGCCAUUAGUUGUUGCGUCACCCAAGGGUCUCCUGCGUCUUGCGGCUGCUUCCUCCCCUCUUUCUGAACUCACCGGCGAGAACAAGUUCAAGCCCGUCUUGAACGAUCCAGCCGUUAACCCCGAACAAGUCGAGCGGGUCGUGCUAAUUUCCGGGAAAAUAUACUACGAGCUCAUCAAAGAGCGGCAAGCGCGUGGUCUCGACGAUAAGGUGGCCUUCGUGCGGAUCGAGGAGCUGUCUCCGUUCCCCUUCCACCAUGUCGAGCGAGUGCUAGGGCGGUAUGCCAAUGCGAGGGAGUUCGUGUAUCUUCAAGAAGAGCCGAGGAACCAGGGUGCAUGGACGCAUGUGUCUACUAGGAUACAACAUGUGUUGGAGGUGAUGGGGAGGAAGGAUGUUGAGUUACAGUAUCGCGGAAGGAAGGAGAGUGCACUUCCUGCGCCUGGAGUGGGAAAGUUGUACGCUGCGCAACAGAAGGCUGUAAUGGAAUCCGCGUUCGAAGGCUUGUGA